ACCAAACCACGUACAAAAAAGAGGCCAUCCACCGUGACCACAUAAAUUCAAAGUGGGCUGACCACCAUAAUCAUCCAUUAUAAUGGUUGUUGAGCAGCCUAUCCCAUUGUGCAGCAAAAAUACAAGGUAGCAGCCUAAUGCCCAUCUUCUUAUUCUCACGAAACUCUCCUCAUCUCCACGUGUUCUAACAUAACUCGCAUUGAUCAGCACUCCUUGCUCCUGUUCCUGUCCCUUCCCACAGCUGAUCUUGAUUCUCCACUGUACCUCCUCCAUAGACAUCAACUAUCCACGGAUCUAGCAUUUAUUACUGCAUCAACAACAAAAUAACUUAAUUAUACGUGAUCACUUCACUCUCCCGUAACUGAUACGCCGCAUCAAAAUUAGGAGCGCAGAGAGGACGGUGUUAGCAAGAGGAAUAAAAUGAAGGCAACGAAGAGGCCAGUCCAGGCAGUGGCGACAUGGGUAAGGAGGCAACCUCCGAAGAUCAAGGUGUUCUUAGCGGUGGUUUCAGGGUUGGCAGCGUUGGUUUUUCUUAGAAUGGUUGUUCAUGAUCAUGACAACCUCUUCGUUGCUGCUGAGGCUGUUCAUUCUAUUGGAAUCUCUGUUCUUAUUUACAAGCUUAUGAAGGAGAAGACUUGUGCUGGGCUUUCACUGAAAUCGCAGGACCUCACAGCUAUAUUUUUAGCUGUUAGGCUCUAUUGCAGUUUUGUCAUGGAGUAUGACAUACACACUCUACUUGAUUCUGCUACCUUGCUGACAACCCUUUGGGUAAUCUAUAUGAUCCGCUUCAACUUGAGGUCCAGUUACAUGGAAGACAAAGAUAACUUUGCAAUUUACUAUUUGCUGAUACCAUGUGCUUUACUAGCUUUGAUUAUUCAUCCAACAACACAUCAUAACAUAUUCAACAGGAUUUGCUGGGCCUUUUGUGUUUACCUUGAAUCCAUUUCAGUGUUGCCUCAGCUGCGAGUGAUGCAGAACACAAAGAUUGUUGAACCAUUCACAGCACAUUACGUAUUUGCACUUGGAGUUGCUAGGUUUUUGAGCUGUGCACACUGGGUCCUCCAGGUAUUGGACACUCGAGGACGCCUAUUGACAGCACUGGGCUAUGGACUGUGGCCUUCGAUGGUCCUGCUUUCAGAAAUCGUGCAGACUUUCAUUCUUGCUGAUUUUUGCUAUUACUAUGUCAAGAGUGUUCUUGGUGGGCAGCUUGUUCUACGGCUCCCCUCAGGAGUGGUGUAAGCUAGUGUGUCCCGCAUAAUCUGCCAAGCGCUUCCACUGAUAACUACCACGAUACAGAGCAGCUUUGGUUGCGUUUGGGCCAUCCAGAUAGUGUGCUCACGCAUGUUCUCUUUUGCAGGCAUUAGAGUUAUCGUAGUAAGUGGGACUGUAAAGUUGGGUCACGUUGCAUGUUGGUAUUUUGGUAACUUAAUAAUUAAAUAGAUAAAAUAUUAUUGAACAUGUUAGAAU